AUGGUUGCAUAUACACUUGUCUGCAACUAUUUUCAUUCUUUGAAUGAUGGAUCUGAGAUCUCAAGCGUCCUCUCCUUCCACGCCCAUCGCCUCGACAGCCUCAUCGUCGGCCUCAACGUCGAGUGGCGCCCCAGCUACUCCCGCUACAAGAACCCCGUCGCCACCCUCCAGCUCUGCGUCGGCACCCGCUGCCUCCUCUUCCAGCUCAUCCACUCCGACUCCAUCCCCUCCCAGCUCUCCUCCUUCCUCUCCGACCACCGAUUCAAGUUCGUCGGCGUCGGCGUUGACGAGGACGUGGAGAAGUUGGUCGGGGAUUGCGGGAUGUCGGUGGCGAACCCUGUUGAUCUGAGGGCCGUUGCGGCGGAGGUUUACGGGAGGAGGGAGAUGCACAUGCAGCAGAUGGGGAUCGUGAAGCUGGCGGAUGAGGUGUUGGGGAUGGAGGUUAGGAAGCCGAAGAAGAUCACGAUGAGUCGGUGGGAUCAGGAGUAUCUCACGCUCGAUCAGAUUGGGUACGCUUGCGUUGAUGCUUUCCUUUCGUUUGAGAUUGGGAGGAGGCUCAUUGCCGGAUGAGCCUCCGCUGGUGAGCUGAAUGGAAUCCUUGGGGUGUUCUUGAAGAUUGUGAAUGUUAAAGUACUCCACCGAUCCCUGCCUCUCCUUGAGGAGUUCCACAGAACACUAGACAUAAUUUCUUCAAAACCUGCUUACAUGCAGGAAACAUUCACCGAGUAAAGCCUAAGACUUAACAUAGUUUUAUAUCAAUGAAUAUUAUAGUUUGGGGGCACGUGUUAGUGCAUUGUGUUGUGUUUACCAUGUUGCUUCUGGAUUAGUGUUUGCCGUGUAAUUACGUAGCCUUUUAUUUAGAGAAAGAACAAUGUUUGGCAGGCACACACCUUCUGAUGAUUUUCGUUAAUUUUUAGCUGUCUUUUUCUCAU